AACUACUUCUGGUCCUAUUGCUGGAUUGUUGAAUAGUAAGCUAGCCUUGUUCGGAACCGUCUCUUCAAUUAUACUCUUGAUUGGCUUUAAUUACAUCCAAAAACUUGAUCCAGAUUUCCUCAAGGACCUACAAAACGAUUACAGCAAUUUACAACAAGUGGUGGCCCAAAAUAAAAACCCAAAGAACUCUCAAAGACCAGCAUUGCCCACAAAAGUAAAAUCAAAAAGGAACUGAUUCUGUGAAAAUCCACUGCUGCGGGUUUUUCCUUUUUUUUUAUAUCCACUGCUCUUUUGGGCAAGUUAAAUAAAUAUUUCUUUUUUUAAUUGCAAGUAAAUACAAAUCUUUCUAGUUAACUAAAAGCAGCAAUGCUAUUCGCUGUUUAACUGCAUUGCUCUCACACUGCCACUGACAUAAACUAUAUAAAAAUUCCCUAUCCAUCCAGCUCCCUUCUUCUCUUGUUCUCGAAUGGGUGUGCCUGACUUAUGGGAUUCAAUAUCAACUGGCUUUGACAAAAGAAUUCCCUUCAAUGUGUUCAUCUCUGAUUUCUUGCAAUCCAACAAAAGGCCCUUGAGGGUUGCAAUUGAUGCGUAUGGCUGGAUAUUCGAAGUUUCUUCUUUUGCAAACUCCCAUGCUACCAACACAUCCAAUAAUGCUCCUCCCUUAAACAAUAACUUAUCCCACAAUAUUCAAAGAACUUUGCAACUUUUUAACUCAAGAAUUCGUUUAUUGCUAUCUUUGAGUAUAUCUUUUGUAUUUGUAUUUGAUGGAAAAUUCAAACCAAAAUUCAAGAGAAACUUUACUGCAACAAAUAAAGAUUCCAUUCUUCAAAACAAUAUCAAUCCCAACUAUGAUGCUGAAUAUAUUGACUUUAUUCAACGGAUUUUUCUUAAUCCAGACUUGGUGCUAAAUAUGUCAAACAUUAGCAUAAAUGACAUCAAAAAUAACAAUAACAAUACUAUCACUAUCAACAAACACUUAUCAUUAUUUAAUAACUACGUCUUGGCCAUAAAAAAAGAACUAAUCAACUGGAAUAUUCCUUACAUAGAUGCUGCAGGCGAGGCUGAAGCAGAAUGUGCAAGAUUGCAGUACUUGAAUAUUGUUGAUUAUAUUAUUACAAAUGAUUCUGAUGUCCUAAUAUUUGGUGGAACUAAAAUCCUAAGAAAUUUUAGUAAAUUUAUUGAGGAUAAGCCACCAAAUGCGACCAAAAUUAAAAACAAAAUUAAAAAAAUCCCUUCAAGUUCUUUUUCUUUUUCUUCUUCUUCUUCUUCUGCAUUCGAUUUGAACUCUGAUUUGGGUUCAGUCACCAUUGAUGGUGAUAAAAAUGCUAAUGAAGAAAAUUUAACCAAAUUUCAUGAAGAACCCGAUUUUUGGGUCACUCCUGUCCAUAUUGAUAACGUCGAACUUAAAACUGGAUUUAACAGAUGGAGAUUAUUAUUUCUAGCUUUAUUAAGAGGUGCUGAUUAUAGCUCUGGAGUCCAUAACAUUGGCUCAGCUAGAGCUCUGAGAUUAUCCUUAAUUGGAACUAAUUUUUUUAAAUUUUUUAACCAAAAAUCAACUGCUAAAUCAAAGACAACCAAAUCAAAAUCUAAAAUUAAACCAAAACCAAAACCAAAAUUAAACUUUCCAAUUAAUAAAUCCAAUAUAUCUACUAACAAUGAUCAAAAUUUUAUCUCUGACUAUGCAAUUCCAGAUUUUUCUUUAUUGUUAAAAAAUCUUUAUUUUAAUAGUAUAACAGCUCCAAAAGAAACUCGGGAAGCAAACUUAAAAAAAUUUAAAGAAGAUUUACUCUCCUGUUUGAAGGCUUUUUCAACAGAAAUAUUUGGUAGAAAAGUGAAUUUCGAAGGAAUUAAUUUAAUUGGGUUUCCACCAGAUAAUAUAAUAUUAUUAUACUUUUAUCCAUACUUAAACCACAGCACCUUGUUCAAUUUUGUUUCAGGCUCUACUAAUUUUGCCGAGUUUCACUCUGUUAAUUCAAAUUCAAAUUCAAAAAAGAAUAACUUAACUUUUGAUGAUUCUCUAACAAAUCUCUUUAAAGAUUAUGUGUUAAACAAUGCAAAUGAAUUGAUUUUAAAAACAUUCACUGGCAUCAGUAACUCAUAUCCGAAUUUUCUUGGCGAUUCGAUCUUUAAAUAUGAUAAAACUUCUUGCAAAUGGAAUCAAAUUCCAUCUAAAAUUAAUUCAACUUUGUUCCAACCAAAAAGUCAAAUUUUCAAUGAUUGGUUUGGAUUACCUAAAUUUAAUUCUAUUUUACAAAAAAUAUCUGGCUUGCCCUUAUCAAGGGCAUUUGGUUCAAAUAAUCCUAGAGAAUGGACUUGCAAACAUUUAGAUCAAUGUUAUGCUGUCAAAAAUUUGAACAAAUAUUAUUCCAGUUCAAGAGAAUUCAAUCUGAAAAACAAACCACCCAUUGCUAUAGAUAUGGUGAAGGAAAUUAAUUAUCCUAGAAAAAAAAUCAAUAAAAAAUCAUUUGGUGAUUUAAAUAUUUCCUUAAAAGUUGUUAGGAUUACAUAUGAUAAAAUGAAAUUUUUCAACAAUUUAUUGAUUAAUUUAAAAAAAUCAUCUGUAGAACCAGAUUUGAAAUGCAAUGAGGACAAUGAUGUCAACGGCAAUAACCAUAUAAUAAAUCGAGAUAAUAAAAGCAGUCUGAACUCAACAACUAGGAAAAACGAUUUUGUUUGGGUUUCACUUGCUAUCGUUGAAUAUUAUUGUUCUGACAUAGUUGAUCUGUUUAGACUCUUGGAAAAAGAAAAACAAUUGAAAGAAAUGAACACUAAAAAGAUCAAAAAAUAUCCAGUUCAAAAGACUACUCUUGAAACCUUAGGCUUUUUGAGUCCCAAGAAAUAUAGUUCUAUUCAGAUUGUUGAUUUCAAUAACAAUAAAGAUAUAAGUUUUGCAAAAAGCAAGAUUCAACAAAAAAGCUUUAAGAAACUCAGGUCAAAAAAUUCAUUAGAAACUUCAAACUUUAUUACAGAUUUUUUCAAGCCAAUGGCAUCAUUAUCUAAAAAACAGACAAAUAAAAAAGUAACAAUAUCGUUACUUAGUGAUGAAGAUACGACUAUUUCCAAUGAUUCAAUGGAUUGUUUUGGUGAGAUCCAAAUAAUUGAAAAACUAAAAAAAACUGAAAAAAAAAAUAAAAAUGAAAAAUAUUUAAAGGAUAUUAUUGAUUUAGAUGUUAUAGACAAACUAGUUUUUCCUAUUGAAAGCUCACCUUACAAAAAUCUCGUUUCUGAUCCUGAAGAUAUUGAUUCACCUUUGAAAAAACCACCAAGUCAUCCAAUAACAAACAGUUAUCAAUCAAACAGAAAACUAGAAUUUAACUUAAACGAAUCAACAAGUUUUAUUGAAAUUAAUUCUUCUAAAAAUGAAAGUCUGGAAGAAACAGAUGAUGAUUCAAGUAGUAUUGAGAUAUUAUAUGAUGAGACCAAUAAAAAUAAAAGCAAGGAUUCUAAAGAAUUACAAACUCCUUUGGUUCAGUUGACUAAAAAAUCAUCAUCUUAUAAAUAUUUUGAAACCCAUGAGAAAAAUAGUUUUUCAGAUACAGAUUCAUCUUUCGAAAAAGAAAUGAUUCUAAAAUCCCCUAUGAAAAAGAAAACUAGUAUUCUAGUUGACAUUCCAGUCUUGGACUAUAAGACACCAUCAAAACUGAAUUAUAGUACUAGACCUUUUGAAAAUCUCGAAAUGACAUCUUUAAAGAGCAUUGAAAAGUUUUCUGAAGUCAAAAAUAAAGUUGGCUACGAUCAUGAAACUUGCAUAACAAUAACUGGCUCGAAGCCAACCCACAUCAGAAAGCUCAACUUUUAUGUUGGAGAUGAGCAUGACAAUGAAGACAUUCAAAUUACUAUUAACAAAAAAACUACAACAGAUGUUUCUGAGAAAAACAAUUAUAAAAAGGUAGCAUUUCUUGACAGCCUUUUAGAACACACUCUGAGUAUUGGCUCGGAUACUACUUAAGACAAUAAAAUAAAGAGAUUAAAAAUAAUUAGCAGAAUACGAAAAAUAAAAUACAUUGUUGAAUCAACACACCUUAAAAAUACAUGUUUAUUGUAAUAUACACAUGUCCAAUAUAAUAGUAUACAACAUUUGCUAAGAAGAAACAGCAAAGUAUUCAGAUAAACUCAAUUCAAAAUAAAAGCAGCAUAUCCAAG